AUGCGAUGCGAUUUGGCACGCUCGCGCGCCUUUACGGCCCUCGCGAGGCGCGCCGUAAAGGGUUUUACAGCAAACCCCCCCCCCCCCCCCCCCUCGCGCCACCGCUCCUCCGCCGGCUCCUUCCUCUCCCCGGUGCAUUGCGGUCGCUUCCGCGGUCGCUUUGAUGUGCGGACGGCCGUUGUCGGCACUCCCAUAAACCGGCUGCCCAUAAUGGCGAAGUCCGUGCUCGACCUGUACGAGCUUUACAACCUGGUCAUCGCCCGCGGGGGGCUGGUGGAGGUCAUCAACAAGAAGCUGUGGCAGGAGAUCAUCAAGGGCCUGAGACUGCCCUCCUCUAUCACCUCCGCCGCUUUCACGCUGCGCACACAAUACAUGAAGUACUUGUAUGACUACGAAUGCGAGAAGAAGAACCUGUCAACCCGCAGCGAGCUGGACGCCGCCAUUGAGGGCAACAAGAGGGAGGGACGCCGCGCCUCUGGACAGUACGACGCUCAAGCCGCUCUGUCUAUGCCUUCGUUGAACCGCGGCGUAUCACUGUCAAUGCCGCUAAGUCAGCCGCUGGCGCUGCCACUGGGCGGAGUACCGCGCCUGCCGAUGCACGCGCCACACCUGCACAACCACGACAUAGAAUUCCGCGUGAGGGAGUACAUGAAGAUGAUACAGCAACAACGCGAGCUAAUAAGAAACGGCUCCGAGUCGCCCCCAGGUAGUGGUGGGACGAUGAUGUCGCCCCGCGAGGCGGCGUUGAGCGCCAUCGACGUGUCGCGCCUCACUCUGUGGUCACUCUACAACAACAACAACAACAACAACAGCCCCCAGCCGGACCUCGAGCCGCAGCGGUACGACGAGGCGCUCAACCUGAGCGAGAGCCCGAACUCGAAUGCGAGCGGGGGCAAGCGCGAGGCGUGCCGCUCCCCCCCUCCGCCCGCCAAGCGGCGCACCCCGCGGCCCCCGUCGCCGCCCCGCCACCCCGCGCACACCGCCCACCCCGCCCACGCCCAGCACGCCGCGCACCUGCCGCAGCUCAACGGCAACUCGAACGGCGUCAACGGCGCCGCCUUCAAAAUAACCACCAGGGGUGACGCGACCUCUGGUGACCAGCAACUCGUCGUCUCAAUCGAACUGAACGGAGUCACGUACGAGGGCGUUCUCUUCCCAUCGCAGAACGGAAGCGGUCAAAACGGCCACAGGCAAAUGGUCUCU